CGUCUUUUUUUUUUUUUUUCUUGCACCAUUUCUGAGGGCUGUUGCUUCAGGGGCGUGCCCCCUUGGGUUGCGAAGAGUCCUGCCCAUGGAAUGACUUCACCUUCCAUCCCUCUUCUGGUGCUGAUCCACCUUGUUCUUCGCUCGUCUCCGGAGCUGGUGUCAUCCCGACCUUCGGCCUGAGCAGCCCGGACUGCCGGCUUCGAGAUGGAAGAGGAACUCAAGUGCCCUGUGUGUGGCUCGCUGUUUCGCGAGCCCAUCAUCUUGCCCUGUUCCCACAACGUCUGCCUGCCUUGCGCUCACACCAUCGCCGUGCAGACCCCGGACAGCGAGCAGCACCUGCCCCAGCCGCUCCUGCAUUCCCGGGUCUCGGGGUUGCAAACGGGGGUUGCCUCCACCCCACCUCUAGACCACGACGCGGCUUCUGGCCCGGCCUGCAGCGGCGGGAUCACCAGCUCCGCUGGCGGCUUGGGCGGUACCGCCGGCGGUGGUGGGGACCACGCCGACAAGCUGAGUCUCUACAGCGAGACAGACAGCGGUUAUGGCUCCUACACGCCGAGUCUCAAGUCCCCUAACGGAGUCCGCGUGUUGCCGAUGGUGCCCGCGCCACCAGGCUCCUCGGCCGCCGCGGCUCGGGGUGCCGCCUGCUCCUCUCUGUUGGCGUCCUCCUCCAGCUCCAUCACGUGCCCGCAGUGUCACCGCAGCGCCUCGCUGGACCACCGCGGCCUGCGAGGUUUCCAGCGCAACCGGCUGCUGGAGGCCAUAGUUCAACGGUACCAGCAGAGCCGCGGGGUGGUCCCGGGGUCGUCGGCGGCUGUAGCCGUGGCCAUCUGCCAGCUGUGCGACCGCACCCCGCCCGAACCGGCGGCCACGCUCUGCGAGCAGUGCGAUGUGCUUUACUGUGCCUCUUGCCAGCUAAAAUGCCAUCCAUCCCGGGGGCCCUUCGCUAAGCACCGCCUGGUGUCUCCCCCGCCGCCGCCUGCUCCCACCGAGGCCGUCGCUCCAUCCCACGGUGCUGCCCAGGGCGCCACCAGCGGAAGCGGCGACUGCAAAAGUCCUGGGGGCACCGGGGCCAGCGCUGCAACCGGGGCCAGUUCAGCCCGCAAGUUCCCUACGUGCCCUGAACACGAAAUGGAAAACUACAGCAUGUACUGUGUGAGCUGCAGAACCCCAGUGUGCUACGUGUGUCUGGAGGAAGGUCGGCACGGAAAGCAUGAGGUGAAGCCGCUGGGGGCCAUGUGGAAACAGCACAAGGCCCAACUGUCUCAGGCCUUAAAUGGAGUUUCUGAUAAGGCAAAAGAAGCAAAGGAGUUUCUGGUUCAGCUGAAGAACAUUUUGCAGCAGAUCCAAGAAAAUGGACUGGAUUAUGAAGCCUGCUUGGUGGCUCAGUGUGAUGCACUGGUUGAUGCUUUAACUCGGCAGAAAGCCAAGCUGCUUACCAAGAUUACUAAAGAGAGAGAGCACAAGCUAAAGAUGGUUUGGGACCAGAUCAAUCACUGCACAUUGAAGCUACGCCAGUCAACAGGACUGAUGGAAUACUGUUUGGAGGUGAUCAAGGAAAAUGAUCCUUCUGGAUUCCUACAGAUUUCAGAUGCUCUGAUCAAGCGUGUCCAGGUGUCUCAGGAGCAGUGGGUCAAAGGUGCCCUGGAGCCCAAAGUAUCUGCAGAGUUUGACCUGACCUUGGACAGCGAGCCUCUACUUCAGGCCAUCCAUCAGCUGGACUUUAUUCAGAUGAAAUGUAGGGUGCCAUCUGGCCCCCUGCUGCAGUUGGAGAAGUGUUGCACACGCAAUAACAGUGUCACGCUGGCCUGGAGGAUGCCGCCUUUCACCCACAGCCCCGUGGAUGGCUACAUUCUGGAACUUGAUGAUGGCAAUGGGGGGCAAUUCCGGGAAGUGUAUGUUGGCAAAGAGACCCUCUGCACCAUCGAUGGGCUGCAUUUCAACAGCACCUACAAUGCCAGGGUCAAGGCUUUCAACACAUCUGGAGUUGGACCCUAUAGUAAAACUGUUGUCCUACAGACUUCUGAUGUGGCCUGGUUCACAUUUGACCCAAACUCUGGGCACCGGGACAUCAUUUUAUCCAAUGACAACCAGACAGCAACCUGCAGCAGUUAUGACGAUCGGGUGGUGCUUGGCACAGCUGCAUUCUCAAAGGGCGUGCACUACUGGGAGUUGCAUGUAGACCGGUAUGACAACCACCCAGACCCUGCCUUCGGGGUGGCCAGAGCCAGUGUGGUCAAAGACAUGAUGCUGGGCAAGGACGACAAGGCCUGGGCCAUGUAUGUGGACAACAACCGCAGCUGGUUCAUGCACUGCAACUCCCACACCAACAGGACUGAAGGUGGUGUAUGCAAAGGGGCAACUGUGGGUGUGCUACUGGAUCUAAAUAAACACACACUGACCUUCUUCAUCAAUGGGCAGCAGCAGGGCCCUACAGCCUUCAGCCAUGUGGAUGGGGUCUUUAUGCCAGCUCUCAGCCUCAACCGAAAUGUGCAGGUCACCCUGCACACAGGAUUGGAUGUACCAACAAACCUGGGGAGGCCAAAAUUGUCUGGCAACUAGCUUCCUAGGUCCAUCCCUGCCAUCCAAAUCACAAGCAAAUAACCCAUGAGGAAAGAAACCAGCUAUGGGUGCAACUCAAGCAGCCAUUGAGUAUCUGAGACAUGUUUAUUUUGGGAGAUGAAGACAGGGUCUGAACAUUGGUUUUGUGGAGAUAACUGUUCAGUGUGAACGUGGGUGUGUGG